AUGCAGAUGGCAGGAGAAAUAUUGAAUCACCUCUUCUUUCUCCUUCAUUUUUUGGUCUCUCUCUUGGUACUGCUUUCUCUUCAGUCUGCCUCCCUUCCCAUCCUUUAUAAAUUGAGCCUGGAAUUCAGAUCAGUUGCCUCAAGUAUUUUUGUGUCACCCUUACAGAUCACUGCCCGGAUCUUAGAGGCCCAUCAGAAUGUCGCUCAGAUGAGCCUCAUUGAAGCCAAAAUGAGGUUUAUUCAAGCUUGGCAGUCCUUACCAGAGUUUGGCAUUACACACUUUAUUGCAAGGUUCCAAGGUGGGAAGAAGGAAGAACUUAUUGGAAUUGCCUACAACCGGCUGAUACGGAUGGAUGCCAGCACCAGUGAUGCCAUCAAGACAUGGCGGUUCAGCAAUAUGAAACAGUGGAAUGUGAACUGGGAAAUCAAAAUGGUGACUGUAGAAUUUGCAGAUGAAGUCCGAUUAUCUUUCAUCUGCACGGAAGUGGAUUGCAAAGUGGUGCAUGAGUUCAUUGGUGGCUACAUUUUCCUGUCGACACGUGCAAAAGAUCAGAACGAAAGCUUAGAUGAAGAGAUGUUCUACAAGCUCACCAGCGGCUGGGUGUGAGUUGGAUGAGACUGCCUGUUCUACUGACAUAAACUAAAUGGUGAUAUUAAUAUUUAACUCAAAAGCUGUUCUUGGAAAUAUGCUGCUUAAUCAAAUUAAGCUUGAAGUGUAUCUUUUCUUGUUUUUAAUAUGGAAACUUGCAUUAGCAGAUACAUUUUUACCUGCGCUAAACAGCGCUUCCGUUAAUCUGCUACGCAAAACCAAAACACAGCUCAUGCCAUGCCUAAGUUUGUGCCUCUUUUCCCCUCUCUCAGCAAAAUGAGGGGCUGAUCAGGUUAAUUUCUGACAAAUGUAAGCUAACCAAAUCAUUUUUAAAACAAAAUUAAAACUCUAAAGCCAUUUAACUAUUUAGAUACCCAGGGCCUAAUCUAUAUGAAGUGUAUUUAUCAUGUUUAAUGCAUGUUUUAUGAGGUUUUAUAUAUAUUGUAAUUAUGUGUUCUUCCUUCCUAUGUUUAAGGUAAAAUUUUUGGAGUGCAAUCCAGGAAGGUUCUUUCUUUCUUUCUUUCUUUCUUUCUUUCUUUCUUCUUUCUUUCUUUCUUUCUUUCUUUCUUUCUUUCUUUC